AGUCUGAUAGCUUAGAUAUGUCAUAAAGUUUGAAAAUUUUUCUUUUGGACUUUGAGCUUGGUUAAUAAAAUAACUGCAGCGACCCAAUAUCACAUCUAGUGGUUAAGAUCAAUUGUGACCACCUUGUAUCAAAGGUAAAUAGUUUCAUUAUAUAUUUUUCCAUAGUUAGUAGUGAAUACUCGUCACCAGAAGUAGUGAGCGACAAAAACAUUGAGAGAGUUUGGGUUCUUAGGCCCCUCAAGAACUUAAACUUUAUCAUUUUAAAAAGAAAAAAAGAAACUUUGGGCUCUCAUUACUACAGUUCAUAUGCAGCCAAACACAGAAUUACUACAAUAAAGAGUGUUAUCUGUCUGAAAGUUUUAUUUCUUGCAAAACAAAUGGGCCUUUAUAGAAUUUGUACUGUUCAAACCUUUCUUAAUAGAAAUUUGUAAUCCCUCGUUUCUAUAAUACAAGGCUAACACGACAAAAACUAACAUAAACUCUUUUUUUUUGGUAAGUAAAAAAUGGUAAGUGAAUAAAGAUUUGGACCUCUACCUUUUGAUGAGAAUAGAGUAAGCGAUUUCAUCAUAGAGCUCCUUGAUAUGGCCAAGGCCCCACCCCAUUCUCUUGCCUGGUAAAAUCUCAAAUAUAGAAAUACAUAACAUGCUAAUUAAACAGGGACGCUUUUGAAAUUUCGAACGAUUUGAGAGGCAUGUCGUUUGGUUUCUGUUGAUAAGCCCAACGCGGGCUUUGUGCCAUGUAUGAAAUGCUAUUAAAGAAAUGGGGUGGCCAAUUUUAUAUAUAUUCGUUUUUGGGGGAAUCGUAGCACUGGGUCUUUCUCUCUCUACUAUCUCUCUCUAGCCUAUUCUCUGUUGAGCCAUACGCCAUGGAUCCAUACAAGUUUCGCCCUUCGAGCGCCCACAAUUGCCCUUUCUUCACCACCAACUCUGGUGCGCCUGUUUGGAAUAACAACUCUUCAUUGACAGUUGGAUCUAGAGGGCCUAUUCUUCUUGAGGACUAUCAUUUGGUUGAGAAGCUUGCGAAUUUCGAUAGGGAGCGCAUACCAGAGCGUGUUGUGCAUGCAAGAGGUGCUAGUGCUAAGGGAUUCUUUGAGGUGACCCAUGACAUCUCUCAUCUCACUUGUGCUGAUUUCCUUCGAGCCCCAGGGGUCCAGACACCUCUUAUUGUUCGGUUCUCCACUGUUAUCCAUGAGCGUGGAAGCCCUGAAACUCUCAGAGACCCUCGAGGUUUUGCUGUCAAGUUUUACACUAGAGAGGGCAACUUUGACAUGGUUGGGAACAACUUCCCUGUGUUCUUCGUACGCGAUGGCAUGAAGUUCCCUGACAUGGUUCAUUCCCUAAAACCAAACCCCAAAACUCACAUCCAAGAGAACUGGAGGAUCCUCGACUUCUUCUCUCACCACCCUGAGAGUCUCCACAUGUUCACAUUCCUCUUUGACGAUGUGGGUAUCCCCAUGGAUUAUCGUCACAUGGAUGGGUUUGGUGUCAACACAUACACUCUCAUCAACAAGGCAGGAAAAGCCACUUUAGUGAAAUUUCAUUGGAGGCCCUCAUGUGGGGUUAAGUCCCUAUUAGAUGACGAGGCAGUUAUCGUGGGAGGAACCAACCACAGCCAUGCAACUAAGGAUCUAUACGACUCUAUAGCGGCUGGAAACUACCCAGAAUGGAAACUUUUCAUCCAAACCAUCAAUCUUGAGGAUGUGGAUAGGUUUGAUUUCGAUCCAUUGGAUGUUACCAAGACAUGGCCUGAGGAUAUCUUACCCCUUCUGCUAGUGGGGCGCAUGGUUUUGAACCGCAACAUUGACAAUUUCUUCACUGAGAAUGAGCAACUGGCCUUUUGCCCUGCCAUAGUGGUACCUGGGGUCUAUUACUCUGAUGACAAGCUUCUCCAGACAAGGAUCUUCUCUUAUUCUGACACUCAGAGGCAUCGUCUUGGACCCAACUACUUGAUGCUCCCGGCUAAUGCCCCCAAAUGCGCCCAUCACAACAACCACUACGACGGGUUUAUGAAUUUUGCACACCGGGAUGAAGAGGUGGAUUAUUUCCCCUCAAGGUUUGAUCCUGUGCGUCAUGCUGAGAAGUUCCCUAUGCCCCCUCAAAUUUGCAGCGGUAAACGUGAGAAGUGCAUGAUCGAGAAGGAGAACAACUUCAAGCAGCCAGGCGAGAGAUACAGAUCAUUUGCAAUAGACAGGCAAGAACGCUUCAUCAAACGAUGGGUUGAUGCUUUAUCAGACCCUAGAGUCACCCAUGAGAUUCUCAGCAUCUGGAUUUCUUACUGGUCUCAGUGUGACAAGUCACUGGGUCAGAAGCUUGCAACCCACCUCAACCUUAAACCCAACAUGUAAUGGACGAUUUGCCUAAGUUUUCAGCUGAGUGAGAUCAGUAUAUGUAGAGCGAUAAAGGGUUAAUAGGACAUGGUUUGUCAAGGCAGAAGCUGAUGUCUAGUAAAGUUUCAACUACUAAAUCUCGGUUUAAUAACUUUUGGACUCUCAGUUACUGUACUUUGAUGGACUUAGGUUCCUCUAAUAAGUUGCUAUUUCCCUAUCAAAGAUGCUGGUGUAUUGAAAUCAUGAUUCAUUCACUGCUUUUGUGAUGUGACGAGGUUUUGUUUAUCCAUUUGUGCAAGUUUUUUGA